GACAGGUGAGCCGGACCCCGAGGCCGGUCUAACCCUAGUCGUGUUGGAAUGGUGCGGGAUUGGAGAGGACGGAGAUGGCGUUUAGCGUUGUAAGGUCCGCUGGAUCGCCGGUGAUCGACUUCCGGGGGCUGCGUGCCCGUGCGAGUACGCCGAUCGCCGCAGGGCUAUGCUGCGCCUCUGUCGCCGUCUCCCGCUUCUGGUCCUGUCCCCCGUCCAAGCCCUUCUUCGCCUCCAUCUCCGCUUCUGCCUCCACCUCGCCCGCCGCUGCCGCCGUUAAAAAGGAAGCUGUUCAGACAGAAAAUGCACCUGCAGCAUUGGGACCAUAUUCUCAAGCUAUCAAAGCCAACAACCUUGUUUUUGUUUCUGGUGUUCUUGGUCUUGUUCCUGAGACAGGAAAGUUUGUUUCUGAGCACAUUGAGGAGCAAACAGAACAGGUUCUAAAGAACAUGGGGGAGAUACUGAAAGCAAGCGGUGCCACCUAUGCUUCUGUUGUCAAGACAACUAUCAUGUUAGCAGACCUACAGGAUUUCAAGAAAGUAAAUGAGAUAUAUGCAAAAUAUUUUCCAUCUCCUGCACCGUCACGUUCCACUUACCAAGUAGCAGCAUUGCCGAUGAAUGCUAGGAUUGAGAUUGAGUGUAUUGCUGCCCUCUAAUGCUGCCUUGAAAUCAUGUUUUCCUGAUCUAACUCUAGUACGGUCUAGGGAAUCACACCCAGUUUAAGUCCUUGUUAUGAUGUUUCUGAACAGUUUGCUGCUUCUAAUUAGUGAGGAUUGUUGGGACUGUUCUUUGAUAAAGUCAAACUUUUACUUUCAAGCCAACCCAAAAACCUAUCUCAAUUUCAGUAUCAUCCUUUUCUGGAUGCUUACAUAUUAAGUGGCUGUAUCUUUUGAGAAGCAUACAAUAUUUAUGGAAGUGAUCAUUUAGUUGGUUAAAUCA